CGAUAUUUAUUACGGUAGCAUUCACCAAAAUACAAAAAACUUCACAAUAUUUAUUUGAUCAUUCACACAGAAACAGUAAAAAACACUUUCGUUUACAUAACUCUCUUUGAAAGUAAAUAUUAAACAAUACCUGGCAACCGAUUUUUUCUGUUUCGAACAAUUGUUAUUGUAGCAAUUUCAAGUCCAGAGGUUUAGGGGGCCUAAAUGAUAUUUUUAUGCAGGGAGAAGGCGACCCCAUGACGUCAGUGAUAUAGCGAGUAGUGGGUGUAACCAAGACACAAAAUUAAAAUCUAGUAAUUUGCACUUGAACAUACUUACAUGGGCGGAAAUCUCUCCUCCAUCGUGGGGGGAGACAUCCAUUUACACUUUUUUGUGCACACCGUGUUUAUUAUCUUAUUACAUUUAUAAAAACUCAAAAGGGGAAAUCCUCGAUUUAUCAAGUCCUUUAGUAUGUUUUUUUGCUUAAAACAUGGAGGGGACAUUUGGCAUUGUGUCCCCCGUACCAAAUUCAUGAGGGGGGGGGGCGUUUCCCCCCUUCCCACUGGGAUUUCCGCCCAUGCAUACCUACCGUCGUAAAAAUGACCAAAUUUAGAGAAGAAAAUGUGAUUUGUAUACAGUGCUGUUAUGUACGAACAUUACGCUGACGGUAAAGAAUCAACUAUUAGAAAAUAGCUUUUUCAGACAUUCUGAAAAUUUAAAAAACAGGAAGAGUGCAUAAGUCAGACUCAGUUGGUCUGGGACCCAGACAACAGCUGGUCGAUUUUGCUUGGAUGUAUCUUCAGUACCAGGCAAAAUCGAUCGGUGGUUGACCGCGCUGAUCGCACUUUGGCCAUUGAAAGAGGAGUCGGUUACAGAAUUACUUUGGGAGCUGGUCUCAUGUUUCAACAGUUUUAUGGCAGCUAAGCAGCGUAUCUGUCUUAACGCCACAGCCCUUUUAUAUUCCAUAUACCAGUUUUUCCGCAAUGACAAAUGGACAGUUAGUUCGAAAGUGAAAGCGAUACAUACCGGAGUUUUAUGAAAGUCGGUGCACAGAAUCGAGUAGCAACCAAGCAGUUACGACCAAAAGCUUGACACUUUCAACAGCAGGCAUAGUGCUGACAAGUUGGAUGGCCAACAAGGCACACAUUGUAGUGACAUUUUUAUCAUAAGAAGUUUGAUCAAUCUUUUUAAAUGGAUGUAACAACUGACAUGGGUACUGACAAGCUAACUUUCAACUCCACGGAGAACCCAUCGCUCAAUUUCAACGAUGUCGGCGCAGGUUCAUUACCUACAGACAACGCUGCUUUCAACUCUACCAAGAAUCCGCCUUUCGAAUUCAGCGACUACACCCAGAGGGUCAUCGUAGCAACCUUGUUCCUGUCGGUAGCUGUGCUUGGUAUCUUUGGUAACACGUUGGUGAUCCUGGCCGUGCUCCUCUCCCGGAAAGUGCGUACCGCCACCAACGCGUUCGUGGUGAACCUGAGCGUCGCAGACCUACUAACUUGCCUGGUCAUUCCGUGGAAUGCCGUAGCCUUGUUGGGCAGGGAAGGGCUGCCGGUCGGAGUUUGGGUCUGCAGUGUAACCGCAGUCGUCCAAAAUGCCGCCGUCGGGUGCAGUGUUUUCUCGCUUGUUUUUAUCGGCCUGAACCGCUUGCUGUUAAUCACCCGACCCAGAACGACUUACUAUAAAAUCUAUACACCGAAGAAGAUUGUGGUCUGGCUAGUUCUUGUUUGGCUGAUACCGUUAUUCAUCACCCUGUUGCCAUCCUUAAUGAACAUAGGUGGCUUUACUUACAACAAAAAGUAUCAUACGUGUGGAUCAACCACGUCUCAAACCAGCUCUCAUAUCUACAACAUCAUUGUAGGGGGCGUGGUAUACCCAAUUCUACUGAUUAUUAUCAUUGCCUGCUACUUGCUCAUCUGGAGACACCUGAAACACCACACCAAGAAGAUGGCCAACGCCCAGCAAAUUGAAGCCACGCCCAGUAUCCCAUCUACCAUUUCCAUGGGUUACACCGGUAGUGAUGACAUGAAGCUCUCGCAUGUUAAUCAGAAGAGUUUGAAGGCCGACAAUUCUCAGCUGGGUCGCCGCCAAAGCGCCAUCACCAAGAACAUGUUUUUCGUCGUCUGCGCCUUCAUGCUGUGCGUCACCCCGUAUGCUGUCGUUGCGAUGUACGGUGACAGCCCAGCCCGGCCCUACCUCUUUGCUUUGUUCUUUUUCAACAGUUGCGUUAACCCCAUAAUUUAUGGCACCAAGCAUCGGGAUUUCAAGGCCAUAUUCCGUUACAUCUUGCGUCCACAAUGGGCUAACAUCCCAGAACCCUCUGGGUUCUUCAAAGUCCUGCGUCGAAGCAAGUGCUGUUGGGUGAGCGACCAGUCUGGGUGAAAUAGCUGUGUGCACUAACCAAGACAGCGGCAAUUUGGGUCAGCUGUGGACAAGUCAGGUGACGUCACCGGACAUUCUCUGCGAUGUUGGGAGUAACAUUAGGUUUUAAUCGGAAUCACAAUCAUGGAAUGCUUGCUACGGUACUUCUUACCGAAAAGUAGUUAUUACGAUACCCUUUGGCAUAGUGAUAACGUAAAUAUCGCCACCGCGGUCCAAAUAAUAAACUAUACGAAUCCAUUGACAUAGGUAACACUGUCUCCGGUUAUGUGCAAUGGCCCAUGGCGAAAAGCAACGUGGUAACUAAGACUUUACUCAUGGGCCUGCCAUAUUAAAAGUGAAAGCGAGGUUAACUUUUCAUUUUUGAAUGCUGAUAGUAGAAAUGAAAGCAAGAAUGAAAUUUCAUGACAAGCGGCCUGCCUACUCUUAUACGAAAUUUCAAACUAGUGAUUAAACAUUAGACGUUGGUGUGUAAGUCGGAUUUAGAAAAAUUUCAAAAGGCAGGCUAGAACACAUGGCAAUGUAAUUAUAAAACAGUCCCGUGCCUAUAAUUAACAGUUUGCAAUUUAUAAACCGAUAUGGGGAAUAAGACUGAAAGAUGGCUUACGCUUGUGCAAGGUCUAAUGUAAGGACUCGGGUGAGUUCCGUGACAACUGCACUCUAUAAAACCCAACGCAGUGGUUGCUAUUUAGAUUCGUCUAUAUUCUCUCCAAAGUUUCAAAUCUCUUCCGACCAUACAGGUUACAGUGAUCAAUACCUUUGCCGACUAUGAGGUGCCGUUGUGAUUUAUGCAUAGGCCAAAAUAAAUUAACUGUGAAGCAAAAGCGGAUACUAAUAUUAGGAUCAAACCCAAUUAUUAUAACUUAAUAUAAAACAAAACGCGUGGUACUUCGCUAAUAUAGAUAGAGCAGAAAACUCAUAAUUUGUGUAUUCUGUUUUACUUGAAUUCGUUCCUGUUAACAUAGGCCUACAUUUGUUUGUAUAUACAAAUCUGAGUUUCAGUGCAUAUAUAUGAAACUUAUUUGUUUAUUUCGAUCUACGUAACUGUUUUUCUGUCGUAACAGACGCGUCAUAGUCAGAGGCAUAACUAUACGGGGAGCACGGGGGCACAUGCCCCACUCCCUAAUGCCCGUGCCCCUCGGGUGCACGCCCCCCUUGGGAUCGGUGAAUAAUCUCCGUUGAGUUUAUAUAGCUAUGCAGCUACCACUUAUUUUCUUCUGGUGCUCCCUUGAAAAAAAUGUGUGCGCCGCAAGGUGCUCCCGGACAUUUAGCUGUGCCACUGUUCAUGGUAUGUUUGAUAUCCGUUCAGAUUGGAAGCAGUACUGGAUGAAUUCUUGCAAGAUAGCAUCACAAUCAAACGUCUCUAAUCCUCCAUAGUGAAUCCGUUACGCUGAUUGAUGAGUGGAAAUAAGGCAUUCUUGCUAACGAUAGAGUAUUAAUAUAUCAUUGCUUUGUACUUUGCGAUGUUGCUUUAUAGUGAACGUAAAAGUGCAUGUGUUGGCAACUUACGGGAAAUACAGUGGGUAAUAGACCGUUUUUAUCAGGGAGCUUUAUGAAAUUAUUUUGCUUUUAAAUGACAGAAGAUGAAGGUGCAUACUGAAAAAAAUUUACGCAAAUCUUGGAGACUCAAAAAGUUAGUUUCACGCUUGUGAAUUUUAUGGAUAUAAUUGACGAAAAUAACCCAUAUACCAAACAACCAAGAGUCCAGCCCAGGCCCAGUAGUAAUGCUCAGUCAAGCCCCAGACUGGCGGCAGCCGAGCAAAUUCUCACUCGUAAAAAUAAUGAAGCACAGCCGAU